CACGAAAACUACGCUUUCCUUCUCGACCGCGGGGGACCGUGCACCUAACCAACUUCGCCGAUCUUGGGCGACGGGAUAAUGUUUAUAAAUACUCGAAUUUGACAUAUGUUACGCGAGACAUCAGCGACAGCCUUAUCGGAUUUUCGCGCGAGCUUCUUCUUCAACGAGUGCGACGAGAUGAGCCAGGAAGUUAUGCCGUCGAUGUGAUAGAUCGUCGCCGAGGAAAAGUCCGGACGUAGCUGACAAAAAUGACAACUGGCCAGAGCGGGCACGAUCACUCUCUCGCUAUCAGGCAGGAAAUACAACGUUUCGAGAGCGUUCACCCCUCGAUAUAUGCGAUUUACGACCUAAUAGAGCUGGUGCCCGACGCGCACAUCGCGAAGCAGAUUCGCGAGCACGUCGUGGCGAUUGAAGAUUCCUUCGUCAACAGUCAUGAAUGGACCCUGGCGAGGGAUGUCCCGGAAUUGCACUUGGGAAUCAUUGGUUCCUCGGACUCUGGAAAAUCCGCUCUCGUUCACAGGUAUCUCACUGGUUCUUUUAUGCACGAGGAAUCGCCAGAAGGUGGUCGCUUUAAGAAGGAAAUUUUUAUCAACGAUCAGAGUUAUCUACUCUUGAUCAGAGAUGAAGGUGGCGUGCCAGAGGCUCAAUUUUCAUCUUGGAUAGAUGCUUUAUUACUUGUAUUCAGUCUAGAAAAUGAAGAGAGCUUUUCUAUAGUUUGCAGUUUCUAUAAUAGAAUGUGUUCUUUUCGAAAUAUGUCAGAGGUACCAAAAAUACUUGUAGGUGUACAAGAUGCAAUUAAUGACAGUAAUCCCCGCGUCAUAAAAGACGUUAGACCCCGAAAACUGGCUUGUGAUCUACGAUGCCCUUAUUAUGAGACAUGCGCUAUUUAUGGUUUAAAUGUUGAAAGAGUAUUUCAAGAUGUGUGUCAAAAAAUUAUACAAAAUAUAUCGAAACAGUAUUCAUGUGAUGUAUGCCAACACAGUACAGAGAACGAUGUAAAGUUUCCAGUCCCUGUUGCUACUAAAAAUGUGCAACUUCAAAACAAAGAGAUGGAGACCACAAAUUCAUUGAAAGUAAAUAUUACGGAAAAAGACGAAGAUUGUCGUUCGAUUCAUAACAAUUCUGUGCCCAAUGAUUCGGGAUUACUGAAUGAUAAUUUUCAUAAUGUACAAAAUCAGCAUGGAGAAUUACGAUCGUCGAUUUUAACACCAACCACUAUCAGGAAAUUUAGAAGAAAAUCGAAUAUAUUUACACCUUCUAAGAAAGAGAAAUACAUGGGUGAAAUGGGUGUUGGCAGAGAAAUACCAGUUAAACAAGGCUAUUUGUUUAAACGAAGUAGCAAAUCGUUGAAGGAAUGGAAGAAGAAAUAUGUUACAUUAUUAGAGGACGGCCGCCUGACGUAUCAUUCAAGUUUACAUGAUUACAUGAAUGAUACUAAUGGCAAAGAAAUACUUUUGCAGUAUGUUACUGUGAAGGUGCCUGGAAAGACGCCAAAAGGUUCCAAGUCCUACAAUGCUCAAGAAGACAGUUUCGAAUUUUCCAUUAUUUCCUUAGAGAAUAAAACUUGGCAUUUUGAGGCAAACAAUGCUGAAGAUAGAGAUAACUGGAUCGCUGCGAUUGAGCAACAAAUACUGUCAAGUUUGCAAAAUAGCGACGGUGACAAAAAGAAUGAGACCGAUGCUUUCAAGAUGCAUUGCAUCAAGAACAAAGUUUCGGGAAACGAUGCAUGCGUUGAUUGCGGUGCACCGAAUCCUGAUUGGGCCAGUCUUAAUUUGGGUGUGCUGGUGUGCAUCGAAUGUUCUGGCAUCCACAGAAACUUAGGUUCGCACAUAUCUAAGGUUCGGUCAUUAGAUUUGGACGACUGGUCCGCAGGUCACCUAAGCGUAAUGCUAGCUCUCGGUAAUGAUAUAGCAAACAGUAUCUGGGAAUAUUGUUUAAACGGGAAGCAAAAACCGGCCUCAGAUAGUUCUAGGGAGGAAAAGGAACAGUGGAUCAGAUGGAAAUACGAGGACAAACUCUUUCUGCCGCCGAUCAAUCCGAACAUUUCUUUAGGAAAAUUGCUCAUAGAUUCCGUUUGUCGAGGAGACAUGCGGGCGUUCACAUUAUGCUUGGCCCGAUGUAAUUAUGAAGAUAUCAACAUUUCGGUCAGCACGGAAGAUCUAAGAACCCCUUUACACUUGGCCUGUGCAACUGGAAAUUUAGCAAUGGCACAACUUUUAAUAUGGCAUAAAGCGAAUCCGCAGAAUCUAGAUCACGAAGGACGAACGUGCAUGUCGUAUGUGCGAGCUUUGGAAAGAACGCUCGACAAUUCAUCCGACUCUAUGGAAAUGCAGAAGCUCCUCGAGGUAUUGGAACAAGCCAGUGUCUCCGGAAUGGACGACGCGGAUGCAUCUCAGUAUUAAAGCUCGGAAAGAAAAUAUGCCUUAAUCACCCUGCCUGCAUUUUCCAUAAUGACAUAUACGUUGUUAAUACUUGUGUACUUACUUAUUAUAUAUAUAUAUAUAUAUAGAUAUAAAGCUAUGCUUUAUUUAGUGGCUAGCGAGGAAGGGAAAUUUUAUCGCUUUUUAAAAUGACAUCGGUUUGACAAAAUCGUCAAAGUACAUUGAACAAGAUUGGAAUAUAAUAACGAUCAAUUUGUAGUAUUAAUUAUGAAUUCUGUAAAAAGAUUAUAUUAUGCAUAUAAUGGACUCACUUUUUAAUAUCGAUUACGAAAUUUAUCUCUUAUUGGACAAAAAUUUUAAAUAUUGCAUAUACUUUUGUAUAUUGAGAGUAACCCUUAAGAAAAAAAGAAAGAAAAAAAUAACACUUUGCAAUAUGAUAAUAAAAUAAAAUUUAAAUUGUGUCAAUCACAGAGAAUGACUAAUAGCAUGCUCGAGUGUAUAUUGUCAAUGACUGAGAGUACAAACACUCAUAAAUGUAGUUAUAUUUAUAUACCUAAUACAUGUAAUUGUAUUUGAAUGCUUUUAUAAUUUUUAUUUUAUUAAUUAUUAAUUAAACGUUUUAAUUAUCUUCUCUCACAUUAUGUUCCAUUUAUUCAAAAUUGCACCAGCUCUGAAAUUUUAUUUUGUUUCCCAAACGUGUUUCAUAGUUUUUAUAUUUCGACGAUGAUGUGUUUAUAUAUUACAACUAUAUUUCCUCCUGUGUAUUCAUAUCAUCUGAAAGAAAGAAACAGAAUAGAUAAAUAAAAUUAAAUGGAAAGAAUUCAAUCAUGUAUUACACAGCAAAUUAAAUUUUUUGAUUCAUACUUGAAACUAUAAUUUGCUUUAUUAAUAGGAUAUAUAUCUGUUGAAAAAAAUAAACGUUUUGCUAUAAUAGAUAGUAGUUGUUAGAGUCAUUGCAGCAGACUGAGACAGAAGGUUCUACACACAGAAGAAAUUCUGAAAUAAAAUUAAUAUAUAUACAUAGUUUAUGUACUACAAUUAUAUAUUCACUUCACUUGCACAAAUAUAAAAUUUCUUUGAACAUUUUUAUAUCAAUGAUACUAUUAUGAAUUAUAACAUUAAACUCCUAUAUAUUGUGUUUAAUUCGUAAACUAAUUUUGGAGGCAUCAUCGAAAUAAAAAGAUUCGGCUACAAAGCUCAAUGUAAUUUUGUUGAGGAGACUGCGCAGAAACAAAUUUUUUGUAAGCGUAAGCCAAUUUUAGAUUUUGCAGACUUUUAAUUGGACAUUCCAAAUGCUCUUCAAUAAGUAGCAUGUAUUUCAAACAAAGAUGAAUCUCUGUGCCAAUAUAUAAUAAACUUUUCUGCAAUAAAAUCACAGUUAAUGUUAAAUAAAUCUAAUCUUUUUAAUUGACAGAUAUUCCUGUGUGUUUGUAUGUAUUAUCUAUAAUUCUCUGUAUUGAAGAUUCCAGAGGAUAUAUUGACUAAUUUCUAUUAUGUAAAUCAAUAAAUCACACUCCCCUUAAGCAAUAUAAUAUUGUUCAAGCUUCUCAGGAUUCUAUAUUUACAAUAAGUUCCAAUAUAUUUUAAAAAUAAAGUGCAAAACAGAUAAA